UGUCUCCGCUUUCUCCUAUAUGCAGAAAACCUGCUGGUCCUUACUGUUGCCACCAAGCAGACUGAGGGAUUCCAGCGCUUUAGAAGAUCAGCCCGAUUCUUCAACUACAAAGUCCAGGUGCUGGGGCUGGAUGAGGAAUGGAAGGGUGGAGAUGACAAGAAGCCAGCAGGAGGUGGGCAGAAGGUCCGUCUCUUGAAAUCAGCUUUGAAGCAGUAUGCGGAUAAGGAAGACUUGAUCAUCCUUUUUGUAGAAAGCUAUGAUGUACUCUUUGCUUCGGGUCCCACAGAACUUCUGAAAAAGUUCAAACAGGCCAAGAGCAAGGUGGUCUUCUCAGCAGAGAACUACAUCUAUCCUGACAGAAAGCUGGAAGCCAAGUACCCUCAGGUGCGAGAUGGAAAGCGCUUCCUGGGUUCUGGAGGAUUCAUAGGUUAUGCUCCAAACCUGAAGAAGCUUGUGGAGGACUGGAAAGGACAGGACGAUGACAGUGACCAGCUCUUUUAUACAAAUGUCUUCUUGGAUCCAGAAAAAAGAGAAAGUAUCAACAUCAGUCUAGACCAAAGAAGCCGGAUCUUCCAAAACCUAAAUGGAGCAUUAGAUGAGGUAGUUCUGAAGUUUGAAAACUCACGAGUGAGAGCAAGAAACUUGUUGUAUGACACACUUCCUGUGGUGAUUCAUGGAAAUGGACCUACCAAGCUGCAGCUGAACUACCUGGGAAACUACGUUCCUCAAAUAUGGACAUUUGAGACUGGCUGCACUGUGUGUGAUGAAGGUCUGCGAAGCCUCACAGGGUUUAAGGAUGAGGCAUUGCCAAUGAUUCUGAUAGGCAUUUUCAUCGAGCAGCCCACCCCGUUCCUCUCCCAGUUUUUCUUGCGGCUUCGUAACCUUCAUUACCCAAAGCAACGAAUCCAGCUCUUCAUUCACAACCAUGAGCAACAUCACAUGAUGCAGGUGGACUCUUUUGUUAAAGACCAUGGCAAAGAAUAUCUCGCCAUCAAAGUGAUUGGACCAGAUGAUGAGGUGGAGAAUGCUGAGGCACGUAACUUGGGCAUGGAUUUGUGCAGAAAGGAUCCUGACUGUGACUAUUACUUUAGCCUGGAUGCUGAGAUAGUUCUGAAGAACACAGAGACUCUAAGGAUCCUGAUCGAGCAGAACAAGCUGGUGAUUGCCCCACUGGUAAGCCGUCAUGAGAAGCUGUGGUCGAAUUUCUGGGGAGCGCUAAGCCCUGAUGGAUACUAUGCCCGCUCAGAAGAUUAUGUGGAUAUUGUUCAAAGGCGGAGGGUCGGGCUUUGGAACGUUCCCUACAUCAGCAGUGUUUACAUGGUUAAAGCCAAGGCUCUGCGGUCAGAGCUUGACCAGGGAGAUCUCUUCCACAGUGGCAAGCUGGAUGCUGACAUGGCUUUCUGCCACAACGUUCGAAAUCAGGGAGUCUUUAUGUACCUGACAAACCGGCAUCAGUUUGGACACAUACUAUCCCUGGAGAAUUAUCAGACAACUCACCUCCACAAUGACCUCUGGCAAAUAUUCAGCAAUCCUGAGGACUGGAGAGAAAAGUACAUCCAUGAAAACUACACAGCAGCUCUGAAAGGGAAAUUGGUAGAAAUGCCCUGCCCAGAUGUGUACUGGUUCCCCAUAUUCACUGACACUGCCUGUGAUGAGCUGGUGGAAGAAAUGGAACAUUAUGGCCAGUGGUCCACAGGUGACAACACGGACAGCAGAAUACAAGGAGGGUAUGAGAAUGUCCCAACUAUUGACAUACACAUGAACCAAAUUGGCUUUGAAAGAGAAUGGUAUAAGUUUCUUCUGGACUAUAUUGCACCCAUCACAGAGAAACUGUACCCAGGAUACUACACCAAGACUCAGUUUGAGCUAGCCUUUGUGGUUCGCUACAAACCUGACGAGCAGCCCUCUUUAAUGCCCCAUCAUGACGCUUCCACCUUUACCAUUAACAUUGCUUUGAACAGAGUUGGAAUAGACUAUGAGGGAGGAGGCUGCCGGUUCCUGCGCUACAAUUGCUCCAUUCGAGCUCCACGGAAAGGGUGGACCCUGAUGCAUCCAGGACGCCUGACUCACUAUCACGAAGGCCUUCCAACUACCAAAGGAACCCGUUAUAUCGCAGUGUCCUUUCUUGACCCUUAGAGCCAUGCUUCACAGGAAGGACCUUUCCCUGGUCCUGCUCACUGCUGACUUUGAGUGGAAACAGGGAAUGCUGUUGACAGUUUCUAAGGCAUUGAUCAAAGCUCUUUGAAUAUUGGUUUUUAACAAUAUUUUAAGACUCCACUACUGGAAGAUCUCCCUCUCUGAUACUGCAGGUAAUAUCUAGGAAUAUUGCUGUAGAAUUUGGAAGGAGAUUUUGUGCCUUCAUUUUUGAUUCUGCCCGUCAUCCGCUGUUUCUUGGAAAUGCGAUUUACUUGAACUUUCACUGGUUGGUUGGCUUUACAAAAAUGCUUUCUUGGACUGGAAAUCCAGCUUUUUGGAGGCAAGUCACAAGCUGUCUCUCCAAGUAGCUGGAAGCCCAUUUUCAUCAUUCAGCAUAUACAGGACUGGACAUUAGACAAUGAUUCCUGGAUACUACUCCAAAUAUAAACCAAUCAGGGAGCUGACUCCACAAGUCAUAAAAGUUAAAUGUCAUACCACAUGCAGCUCUGAAGAUCAUCUGAUUCCUUACCUCUUUGCAGUCCUUGGAAGCAUAUCACAAAGUUCAGAGUAGCAGCAGUGGCAAUAUAGGUGCUUCCACUUAGCUAAAUGAAGGUCCACUAAUGAUACUUUACCUCUGGGAUUAGACUGAAGAGAUAAAAGAUAGCUUCCCUGUCUUCUAUUACUGCAGUUAAAAGGAGCAUGCAUACCCAAACCAUGUUGGUAUGCGUAGAUAAAAUUUAAGACAUGGAAGGCUGAGAACAAAUAGAUCAGUCAGGAGGGCUCCACUGUUGAAUUGUCUCUGUUUUAUCCCAUGUUAAAAUUGUCAAAAGCUCUAAUCAGUCUCUGGGUAACAACCCAGAAGCCCCAUUGGUCUUUGUUGGCCUCAUUCCAGUUCUCAGAGAUUGCUUUGAUAAUUUUCUUUGCAUCUAAGUUGAAUGGGCCAUCAAAGAGCUGUUCUCUGGUACUUAGAGGAAAUUAUUAAUCAGUGUUUCUAUUAUUUGAGAUUUCAAACCAAAACACUCCACUGCAGACAGUUUUCUAGUGGGGUUGAAGAUAGAAAUGAGUGGUUGGAAAGAGCUGAGAGACUGUGGUGAGCUGAUAGUAUAAAAAUCUGUCUAUGGCCCAUGGUUAGAGAGGGAAGGGGAGAAACCUUUUUUGCCUGUGAGAUACCUGCUCUGCUUAUCAGACACCAUUAUGCUCUGGUUCAGCCAGACCCGUGUGUUUCACAAGCAGUAAAUUCACGUCAUGACUGUCCUUGCAAAAAAAAAAAAAAAAAAAAAAUCUUAGCUCUCCGUGUCUCCAGCUUCUGCUGUCAGGUAUAGAGCCCCUUCGUCUAGGAUGGGUCACAUUAAUGCAGGCAGAAUAGCUUUAGAGGUGUGAAUUCUGGCUGGGGACUUUAUGCAAUUUGAAUGGACCUGGGGAAGGUGACACAGACCUUUUUCUGAUGCUUUCCACAUGCUUUUUAGGUCUGUUUCAAGCCUACACACUCAGGCGUGCCCAAGGGAGAAAAAUCCAGGCAGGGACAAUCGGUUUGAAAAGCAAAAGAGUAAUAAAUAUUGUUAUGUGAAAUCUAGAACUAUCUGUUACCAAAUGAAGGGACUUGAUAGGCCAAUCGUUGAGAAGCUGUCGAAAAGGUGUAUGUAUUUAUUCAGCAGGUUUUGUGGGGUUUUUUUCGCUUACUUUGUUGUGACUUUCCUCUGCCCAGUACGGUGAUUGGAAUUAAUGACGAGUCUGUCUCACGGGAUGUACAGUUUCAACCAGGGGAGCUCGCAUUAAAUAAACCCUUACGCCCCCGG